GUAGAAGUGAUAGGGAUCAUUAAGGCCUUACUAGAGCCUCCUACUUUGAUAUUGAUUUAGAGUUUACUAGAAGUUGUAAUCUCUGUCUCGCAGAAUAAACAUAAGUAGGUGGCAACAAUUUAUUCGCAACAUCAACACUAUAUUGAGCAGAUGACGAUCUAGUAGUGACAAGAUGUGAAGAUGCUCGUGAUUACCAAAAUGGUGGAACAAAGAAUCCAGCCUGCCUGAAGCGGAGUUCUCUUGUCAUUGAGUAGAGGCACCAGAGUCUCCACGACGAGGACGUGACCGGGGAUGAAGAUCCGUGCGCGUGGUGAAACUGGGGAAGAGCUGGAGCUAGACGCCAGCGAACCUCAAACUUUCUGCUUCGCGAGCUCACGUGUCGUGGACUGCAGAAAACUGCGUCUAGCUUUUUACAGGCUGUGGAAAGCCACUGCAGCUGGGAGGAAUCUGAAACCAGGUGGGACGGGAGCUAACGUGACCGAUGGGGGAGCAGGAGCUGCAGCUAGUACUAAGGGAGCAGGUAGAGGCUUCGCAAGUGUACUAACUACUUCUUCGAAUUCCGCUGCAACUACGAUUGGAUUAACCGGUGCAACGCCUCUGCAUCAACAGCGCUUACUGCAGUUGCGAUCUUCUGCGCGUGCGAACUCGAACAACACAAGUCCUGAGAAACAUCCUAGAGGACCUGGCUUAUCAAUAUCAUCUGCGUCGUCUUCUUCUACUUUGCUGGAAAAGGCCCACAGUGUUGGUGCUCAUACGACUGAAGCAGGAGUUUACGAUGAAGAUGAUGAUGAUGAUGAUAAUUUUCUUGAUGAGCAACCUGGAUUUCUGGCGACGUCUAGGGCACCUUCGACGUUUCUGGCGUCAUCAUCUUCUUCUUCAUUGGAAAGUGCGAGUUCAAGUGGUGCCACAAGCACCGCCGCGGCUCCGUGGCGCCUCUUUCUUCUUUACGAUAAUGAACUGCUUGAUGACGAUUACGUUGGCCUCUACAUCGACCAUCUGACUGAUCCGGCGUAUGCUCUGCAACUCUCGUUCCGCAUCUCACGACUACCAAAAAAAACGUUCUCAUCUCUUAGGCAGUUUCGCAGUGCUGCGUUUUACAAACCUUGCCUUGGUGCUGGUAAUGAAGAUGACGAAAAAGAUGAGCAGCAAGUAGCUUCUGCCGAAACACUAUCAGGAGAAUUAGCUUGGCAUCAAGACGCACGGACCGGAGCCGAGUGCAGUUUCCACAUCAACCGGGGAGCAGAGGCGUUGGCGGUUUUGGAUGACUUUGCUAGAUGGCGAGACCCCGCUGUUGACCCCGUUGAUAAGAUGCAAGAGUUGGCCAUCAACAUCGUCCAUUACAAAGCUGAUAACCGGAAUCGUAUCGCGGCAGCUGCUGGGGGAGGAAGUAGUGGAAGCACUAGUGGAGGUAGCGCAGGUGCUGGUGCUUCACCAUCAACAGCAUCUGGUGGAGCAGUUACUUCGUCUAGUAAAGCGUCUGCAGUACGAGCAGUGAACGCGGCCAUUGGAGGAAAAGAUAGGUCGAUACCUCCACCACUCAGUGCAACUGCUUCCUCUCCUUCGAAAACUUCUACGGGCAACGGAUACAAGUCUCUCCUGUCAAGGACAGAAGCGGCACGUUCUCGGUUGUUUCAGAGUAUGAAACACAAGAAAAGCUCAGCAGAGCUGCUAGCGUUGCCUGAGGAGACAGUGGACUGGUCGGGCCUGCGCUGGUUGCCAACUGGAGGGGGAGCCGGACGAUGUGACGCUACAACCCAACAGCUAGUUCUGAGAGAGUUUUGCGUACAGAACAUCUUCGACAACGAAGAUGAUGUUGACCACGAUGCAGAGGGAAAGGCUGCUCUGAGUGCUGCUGCAAAGGGAGCAGGGCAGGAAACUCAACAACAAGAGGAACAACCUAGUAGCGCUGUCCACCUCGGCAGUAGAACAACCAAUAAAGACACUUCUUCAACUUCUCGCUCCUCUUCUGACCCCAAGUCGCUCCUGAAAUAUCUUCGUGGCAAUCCGUGUCUAGAAGUCCUCUCCCUUGAGCAUUGUGGCCUGCAAGCGCAAGACAUAGGAGCUCUAGCAGCCCAACUAUUUCCGAUCCGCAGCUCUUUGCUCGAAGAAGCAGAGCAGUUAGGCCAUGUGCCAGUGUCUCUUGCAGCUGCGAUCUACUGCCUUAGGGAAAACCAGGAGAAGAUCGCGCCGUUCUCAGAUGAAUCAGAAGCAGAGGAGGAGGCUGAGAGCGCGAAAGUAGUACGGCGAGUUGACGUCUUGACAAGUAGUUGGGACAGCACAACAGCGUCUAGGAUUAUAUCAGGCAGCACGACAGGCAGUGCAGGAGCUCUAGUUCUUGACAAAGAAGUAGCAGUGACUAAAGCUACGAAGAAAUCAGAUUUCCUAUUAUCUGGAGGUGCAUCGACUCCAGUACUACCAUCGUCCUCCGCAAGUACAGCAUCAGGUGCAGAGGAAGACUCCGAAACUGGAGGCCUUUCAUCGUCCUCAAGUUCCACGUUUGGUUCUACCAGCAGACCGAAAGUGCGUCCAGUCGUACAAGAAAUAGAUCUCUUUGGUGACGAGGAAGAGCCGCCGUUUGUGCCUCCGUGGCCUUCGACGAUCGGAGGUGUUUCUUGUGCUGCACGAGAGGUGUCUUCACCUCUCAAACAUGACUUGUUGAAAAAGAAUGUUGGCAUUUUUAUAUCUGAAUCUGCAGAGCAUCAAGGCGCUGGUGAAGCAAGAACGAGUACGAAGGAGAUCAUGCCUGGAGCGACGCAGCCUACUGAGAAGGACGCGGUGUCUUCUCCCACCAAGGGCAAGGGCAAAAACGGCAGUCCGAAGAAGGUGGCGACGAAGCGCGGAGCAGGCGUAGCUGCAAAUAAACGGGCCUCCGCCUCACGCUCGCCAAAGAAGUCAACGGCCGCAGCACGUGAACCAGCAGCUACGAACGCAGCGCUAGUGGACAACGGACUAGAUGAGACAGUUCCUUCUGCGACCGGCGAUGGCGGGAAGGUGUUGACCACGACGACCGUGGAAGAUAGGGUAUCGUCAGCUUCAAAAGUGCAACAAGGUACUUGUUCUAGUUCUGGUAUGAUUCGCAACGACGCCACUCCCUCGUCUUCGUCAACUGCUGUCACACAAGCAGAUGCCUCAAAAGCAAAGACGGCCGCGACUUCAUCUGCUGGCACAUCUUCCUCAUCUUCAGGAAGCAAAUCAAAAUCCGGAACAGCAGCUUCAUUCACUUCCAUAGUCUCUAAUGCCACCCGCAGUCUCCUCAUGGAAGAGGAGAGAUGGCGAUUUGCGAGCCUCACUCAGGAAACUCGGCAAAUGAUUCUUCAAGCGCCACGACCUGCGUUAUUGCAACUCCAACAUCUGUCCUUAGCGGAUAAUCCUUUCCUGUUUCGAGGAGAAGCGAGUUUGAGACCAGUGGCGCGUUUGGUGGAGUCUCUGAAAAGCAAUGUGAGUCUCAUCUCGUUGAAUUUGAGGAACACAGGCUUGUGGUUUAGGGAAGUGAAAGUAAAAGGUGGAGACGGUCCCUCUACGGAGGAACUGAAUGGUUUUUCUCCGACGAGAACAAAAAGCUUGUUUGGGCUGACUUCUGGGUCUACUUUCAGCGAGGAUCUUGUGCAUCAGCAACAUUUUCCUGCCACUUCUGUGACUACUGGUGCGACGCAGAGUAAAAAGUGGUUCUCCAACGCUAAAAAGUGGUAUGCGCAAAGCGACAGCUCCAAUUUCCAGCAGUUUCUCAGACAGCUGUCUCCUGUUGCGCAGAUUGCCGAAUUACUUGCGAGAAAUAGCGUCCUGCGAGUCCUCGACUUGUCGGAAAACGCUAUUACCGACGAGGGCUGUUCCGUUCUGUCUAAGGGUCUGGCGCAGAACGAAGGGCUGCGAGAACUAGCCUUGAAUAGAGCGCGGAUUGGGUCGCGUGGUGCUAUGGAGCUGUUUGAACGGGUAAUAUGGCCUCGGGAAGUGGUAUUCAAGAAUUCGAGAUCAGCGACAAGGAGUUUGUCUGUGAUGUGUAGCGGAGGUGCGACAGAACAUCUUCAAGGUUGCGCGACGGAACAAGUGGGUCAAGAAAGGACACCGUCUUUGACGCCUCGAAGCAGUACAGGAACGAACUUUUUGAACAGGUCUCCACGAGGACGACCAGCUCUCGCGACUUUAGUCGAAGGUGGAUCUUCAUCAAGCUCAGCGAAUUCUGGAGCAGACGAUGAUAGCGAUGACUUCUUCGAAUUUUUCAGGGCUUCCGGUGUCGAACCCAGCAAAUCAUCCAGACUCAGCAGUCUGUUUAAGAAGAAGAAAUCUUCGCCAGCAAAUGCAGCCACCAGUGGAGCAGUCUGUAGUCUACCUCAGAUAGGUGGGUCUAGCCCAAGCCGACCGCGCUCCUCAGUGAAACCAAGAAACGACGAGGGUUCUUCAUCGGGCGGUAGCUUGUCCUCGGGAGACGACGGGCGGGAUAGAAGUAGUAGUCAUCUUUCGUCUUCUGUCACGUCAGAACGCGAUAAGAAAAGCAAGAAGAAGGAGAAGAAGAACAAGAGAAAGAAUUCGACUUCCCCGCGAGACAAGAUAGCGACAACUCCGAGUAAGCAAAGUCCUUCAUCAGAAAAGACGAGUCCUCGAACCAAACUUGUUGCCCUCAACAGCACACUAGAGGGCGACAAACAGCCUCUGCCAUCUACGGAGAGUCUGUUCUUCUCGCAUCCCAAUCUCGAGCGUAUCUCCUUGCGCGACAACUUGAUCCGUGAAGCACCGUCAAUAGGGACGGCUCUGGCCAAGCAGUGGGCUGCGAGACAGAGUGGCACGCUGAAACAGUAUCGUGGAGGAAAUAUGUGGGAAGAUUUUACUUUUCAGCCAUUCGUUGCGAAAGGCCAGAAGACGGAUACUACGUCCAUGGAGCCACAUGUCGAAGGAGCAGAUGAAUCAACUAAAAAUAGCAAAAGCAAGAAGAAUGGAAGUCCACGCACAACUACAUCAAGGAGCCCAAGGAGCACAGCAAAGGGAGGGUUGUUGACGAGUCCACGGCGUCGGACCACGGAGAAGGAGCCAAAACAAGAACAACAUGUCCCAGGAUCCGCAGCAGCCGUGCCCAUGCGGUGGCGACCGAACAAACAUAAAAAACAGAAAGUAAGUCAUGAAUUUGAAAGCAGUAAAAAGGACUUCUACAAGGCGACCGCAGUAGUUGGGACGGCGACCACGGUUGAACCAUCUUCCACAGCUGCUCCAAAAGUAGCGGAAACUCGUGCCGACUUCCUGGCAGCCUUAUCCCAUGAAAUUCCAGCAGUCUUGCGACACCUAGACUUGAGAGGGAACUCACUCGAAACGCUCCCUGGGGAACAAGAAUUUCAAGCGCACAAGCUUUUUGGUCUGAUGACGUUCCAGAUCUCUCAGAAUCCUCUCCAGAAAAACGCGCUCGAAACAGUAGGAAAGGCGAUGAUACUCAGUCAAGUGGAGGCAGAUCAUCGCGAAAUGCAGCACGCUGCAAUGAUGCGUGGCGUUUCGCCGGAAAAGAAUGGUUCUUGUCUGUCUUUGCCGUCGUCAAGCUCCACCCUCACCUUUUUAGAUGAUAGCACAACUUCUAUUCCAGCACAAGGUCUUCUUGAGUUAGAACUCAAGGAUUGCGCUUCGCCGAGUAGUCGGAGAAAGUUUGCCACAGCAACUACUUGUCCUUACGCUGCUGGCCAAGGUGCGGCUGCUGUGAGCAAGAUCAAUCGUGCUUGUGCUCUUGGUCGACUAUCACCAGCAUCGAGUACUAUUAAGAGUAGGUUAAAGGUGCUUUUCUUACCGCUUUUUAUGCCUCUCUCCCUUAGGAUGGGAAAGGCAUAACAAGCGGGGUAAGCGAGCACCAAUAACCUACCUCUAAUACUAUGAUGAUGACGAGGGGACGACAAGUACUAGAUGAGUCGUCAUCAAGUCCUUCCGCAGUUGCCUACAUCUGCCAUUCCUUGAUCAAGAACCGGACGCUUGUGCGUCUGGAUCUGGGCGGAAGUGCUCUCACGAGCGGAAGGCACUACAACCAUAUUGAGACCAAUUUUCCUAAAGCAGGAUCAAAAAGUAGAAGCCGUAGUCCAUUCAAGAAUGCAGCUGGUGCGACAAGUGCAGCUUCUCCUCUUGUAGCCGCAGGAGCAACAUUGGUCUCGAGGCCACCUUUGGCACCAGGGCUAGCGGGUGCUGGUGGUAGCUCUUCUUCCGUUGUUGCCGCUUCUGGGUCUGGUGGCCUUGGCAGUCCGAGCAAAAGCGGACUUAAUAGUCAAGGUGGCAACAUCAUGUGCAGCAGUACGACGAUGAUUUUGAGAAAAAGCGGGUAUCUGAACGAUAUCACAGACCCACUCAACGACCGCAAUUUUCUAGGUGGCACGUCUAGUCCAUCGAAGACGAAGGAGCCCAAGACAGCUGCUGCGCUUUUUGGGAUGUCUUCUUCGUCGUCCUCUUCUAGUGGCUCUGGAUCCCCAGGCAAAGCCUCAAAAGCGCAUCACAUUCCAUCUUCACACUCAAACGCUUCAAGCAAACCCACAACGCCAGCCGCGGCCAGCACUGGGCCAGGUAUGAGCAGAGACCAUUCAUUUGUCUCUUCUACAUUGGUCUCGAGGCCAGCGACCGUUGAGGCGCCACAACGUCCGCCUCCUGGAGUAGCUCUAGCGUCCACAGCUGGAGCAGGUAGUGGAGGGAAAAUUUCUUCUCAUCUAUCGGACUUGAUAAGUGGAGCUAUCAUGUCUGGUGGGACGCCAACUGGUGGCUCUUCAUCGUCCUCGUCUUCCAAGCAUGUUCAACAGUUGAGCAACUCCUUGGUUUACUUGACGCCACAACAAUGUGAGGAAGUCGCUUGGGCCGAUGCUUUGUCGAGUGACGAAGAUUGCAGCUUUAUCGACUCGCUGGAUGAUGUGGAGCAUUGCUUGGGGAGGAAGCAUUUCAACAAUCAGCAGAACCCAAACGCACCAAAGCCAAACAGUUCUACGUCGUCUUGUUCAAAAAUUGGUACAACCUACAUCCAAGGCCGUCCUCCUCCAGGGGAAAAAAUGAACAUCAAUCUGUCUUUCCAGCAGCAUGCCCACAUCGGCGUGUCGACGUCCGCGCUAUUGGGAAGCAGAAAUAUGCCGACUAGUUCAGCCAGUGCGAGUUCUACAGCGGCACAGAACUGGUUUUUGCCGCAUUCGUCCUACAUGGCAACGCCGAAUAACGUCUCAGCGAUUGCUCCAAGAGUUGCUGUGCUGGGAACGUCCGCGCAAGAACAGGCUGGUGGUGGUACUAGCGCUGCACUCGCAUCUCCUUCUCCGCGAACAGCUGUAUCUUCACCUUGUUCUCCUAGCAAGCUCCCCUUAGCCACGACCCUCAACAAUCAACAUCGCCAACACUACGAAGGCAAUCUGCUAGAGCAACAGCUUACCCAGCUCCAUUUCAAUGGGCCGGAGGCGGCUUUGUUCGCGCUACGGGAAGCACUGGUCUGCAACAGGACAUUGGCACAACUGUCUCUACGAAACUGCCGCUUGACUUCUCGAGACAUAGGCAUUCUCUGUUCUGGGCUGAGGCUGAAUUCGGGGACUUUGCGCGAACUAGACCUGUCUCAUAACAUCUUUGGGCAGAGGGGAGCAAGAGCUUUGGCCUAUGUUUUGGUAGGACCGAAGCAACAACAAAGCGGAGAUUCCCAGGAGGGAAGUGGUGGAAAUGCUGGACUACCAUCUUCUUCAUUUUCAACAUCUUCUUCUGGUUCUGGUCCUUAUCCUUCAUCUUCGACGAAUGGGACAAGCUGUAGCGGACUGCGCCAUCUAGAUCUCUCCUACAAUCCGAGGCUUGGGACAGUGCGCGUGCCAUCAGGUCGUCAAAUAAGACCUUCUGGAGGUAGUCCUACAAGAGCAGGUGGAGCGGCCGCACAACUACUCCAGCAUCAAGCGCACUUCGUAUCGUCACAGAUGAUAUUACCACCUCUCCACUUCCUGGCGGAAGCCCUUCGCAGCAACAAGAAACUGCUAGGUUUGAAUCUGGCUGGCUGCGCCCUAGCCGAUGCUGGUGCGGAUCAGGUUGCUAAGAUACUGCAGGUGAACGAGACACUGCAGGAAUUGGGUCUCGCGCAGAACCAUAUCAGGUCAGUGGCAACCAUCGCGGAUGCUUUGCGCUACAACAAUGAGACUUUGCAGAGGAUUGUGCUGUUAAGACUUGCUUUUAUUCAUCUUAAGAGGCAUCUUUGAUCCCUUUUUCAAGAGGGAAGAACUGCGUCAAAGAUGCUUUGCAAGAUGAAUAAAAGUACGGUCUAAUGCUGGAUAAGAAUCAUCUAGGAUGUUCAGGAGCUGCUGAGCUUGCUGCGGCUCUAGGGCGUGUGGAGAAAGGCUUUUUCUUGGAGCAGGUGGCGAGGGAGCAAGUGGCGAGGGAGAAAGAGAAGAAGAGGCAGAAGAAGAAAGCGGCAGAAGCGGAAGCAGAAAAGUCAGCGACACUAGCAGAAGAAAGAGAGACCGGCGCCUCGCAAGUGGCGAGGGAGAGGCAGAAGAAGAAAGCGGCAGAAGCGGAAGCAGAAAAGUCAGCGACACUAGCAGAAGAAAGAGAGACCGGCGCUGUUGAUAAAAAGGACGCUGUCAACCCCGAUACGUCAGGCUCAGCUACGCCAUGCACUGUCGACGGAAACAAGACCUCCAGCGAGGACAAGAACUCAGGUGCGACGAUGA